AUGAUAUGCAGGAAUGAUGUUCGGAAAGCGAAUUGCCUCUGUGAGCCUGACUGAUCAGUAGCCACCAGUGCGAGUGUGUUUUUCGUGUUAAUAGGCUGGUGUAGGCUAUUUUGACAUUUUGCCGGAAUCAGGUUGACAGACGACAGAACGAAGUGGUUUCGAUUCCUCCUUGUUGUUGUUAAGGGUUAGAUCAGCCAGCUGACUGAAGACCAGGCGGACAGAAUGAAGCCCUUAUGCCUCCCACCAACCUGACGGUGCAAUCCCAGAACUUCAACCACACGCUGCACUGGCUCCCUGCUGCAGAUACCCCACCUGGGACAGAGUACUGCAUUUACCUGGGCUACGGCGACAGCAACCAAUCAGACACUCUUCUCAGCAUUACCAAGGCAACAUCACUGUCGGUGUCUGUGUUCAUGAAGGACAUCUUUGAGGAGUACACGCUGUCCGUGUGGGCCAGGACCAACAACCACUCUUCACUCCCUGCCACAACCACAUUCGAACCAAUCAACACGGUGCUGGGUCCUCCUCUGGUGCGUGUGGAGGGAUGUGGGGACUGUCUCCAUGUCAUCAGCACUCUGCUCCAUGGCGACGGUAUCAAACCUGAAGACUUCGAAAUCUACAGCAGAGCAGUGAAAUUUAACAUCCAAUGGAGGAAGGCAAACGAGGACACGGUGAGACCCCUGCAGUCUACGGUCAAAGAGACUAAGAUAAAUAACCUGGUUCCUGGAGAACGUUACUGUGUUAAGGUGGUGCUCGAUUGCACCUCCUACCCAAACACUCUCGCCUCUGAUUGGCAGUGUGCUUGGACAAGCCCCGCCUCACGACCGGCAGGGCUGUAUCUUCUGGGCUGGUCGGUGGGGACUGUGUGUGUUGGUGUACUGCUCAUGAUGCUGUCCAGCGGUCUCUACUACAGUGGCGCCAUCUGCAGGCCAAAGCUGAAACUGCCCCAAAACCUGAGCGCCCGGUUCACGCGCUGA